AUGAAGUACUUCUUCACUGCGCUGAGCUUGGCCUCCGUGGCUUCUGCCCACACCCUGUUCAGCAACCUUUUCAUCGACAACAAGAGCCAGGGUGAUGGCACCUGUGUGCGAACUCCCUCGGACGCCUCCAAGUCCAACAGCCCCAUCUACCCACUCACCGGGCCGGAGAUGGCAUGUGGCCGUGAGGGUACCCAGACCCCCGUUAAGUACAUCUGCCCCGCCAAGGGCUCAUCUACACUCACCUUUGACUUCCGUGAGUCUCCCAACUAUUCAAGGGCAGGUGCCAUCGACGGCGGCCACAAGGGUCCCUGUUCGGUCUAUGUGAAGAAGGUCAACGACAUCUUCACCGAUUCUGCCGCUGGGGCCGGUUGGUUCAAGAUUUGGGAAGAUGGCUACAACGCCGACACCAAGAAGUGGUGCACCGAGACUUUGAAUGACAACGAUGGCUUCCUCUCUGUGAAGCUCCCCUCUGCUCUGCCCUCUGGCUACUACCUCAUCCGCCCCGAGCUCAUUGCCCUGCACGCGGCUACUCAGGGCGACCCUCAGUUCUACCACGGCUGCGCCCAGGUCUUCAUCGAGAAUGGUCCCGCCGGUGACUUGAGCAUUCCCGACGAGUACUCCGUCAGCAUCCCUGGCUACGUCGACGCAAAGCACCCCGGUCUUACCUUCAACCUGUACGACGGAACCUCGCCCACCACCUACCAGAUCCCCGGCCCCAAGGUCUACUACCCCGAGUCGAGCUCGAGCAAUGAUGUCAGCAAGACCCAGGACGCCGGAAAGAUCCCAAGCGACUGCAUCCUCAAGAGCGCAAACUGGUGCGCAAAGCCCGUCAGCACAGUCGUAACUGACAACAAGAGCUGCUGGGCGGCCGCCCAGGAAUGCUGGGACCAGAGCAAGGUCUGCUGGGACACAGCGGCCGUCGUCGGAUACGAGAACUGCAACGUCUGGGGCAACUAUUGCGAAUCUCUCGGCCAGAGGUGCGAGAACAAGAACUAUGACGGCACCCCAGCCUUCAGCGGAAAGGAGGUCGCUCCCCACGUCCCCAGCAGUGUCCCUGCCCCGUACAACCAGCCGAGGGGAGCUGAGCCCGUAAAAGGCGGCUCUUCGUCUGCCGCCGCUUCGUCGUCCACUGCCGCCGCUGCCACCUCCAGUGCUGCCGCCGUCACCACCUCUGCCCCUGCGGCUACGUCCACAGCUGCUCCUGUUCAGUCUUCCUCUGCUGAGUCUGUCUCGACCAAGGUCGAGGAUAAGAAGGCAUCCUCAUCUGCUCCCCCCAGCACGACGCUGAAGAAGUGCACAUCCAAGGUCAAGACCGUCUGGCAGACCGUCACGGUCACCGCGGCUCCCGCGAGACGCUAG